CGGCCGCGGAAGUGGCUCGGGCCUUCGCUCCCUAAAACAGCCAUAGUACUUCUCUAAACUGAGCUUGUCCACUGACCUUUGAACAUCUGGAUCGUUUCUCUCGUUCUUCGGUCUCGGGACAACCUUCUCGGUCAUUGUUCACAUUAUCUCUGUUUCGCUGUGUCUUCGGAUUCCCCACCGUCAAGCUCCCCUUAUUACUCCCCCCGCCGAAACCGAUCGCUCCGCCCCUGGAAAAACGAUCCCCACGCCCAUUCCACAUCAUGUUCCUUUCGCCAUAAACGGAUUUACCAGAGGGCUGCAAUUCGGGGCAUGUUUGGAUGACGCUAUAUUCCACCAAGUGAAUCCCACCGACGUGGUUUCUAUGCGCCUAAGUGUUCGAAAGUGAGGAAGAACGACGGGACUAGAACCCCCCUCCCCCUUUUCGGUUGCGAAAUACCAUCAGACCACCAUCUCAUCUCUUUCGUCCGUCGCAAGCCUGUGACGUCUAUGCUGUAUUGGUCACCAUGUCGUCCAUGCGAGGACUCGUCCAAUUCAUCGCUGAUUUGCGCAACGCACGCGCGCGCGAGUUGGAGGAAAAGCGAGUGAACAAGGAAUUGGCCAACAUUCGGCAAAAAUUCAAGUCUGGCAGUCUCAACGGAUACCAAAAGAAGAAAUAUGUCUGCAAGCUGCUCUAUGUUUAUAUUCAAGGGUACGACGUCGACUUCGGUCACCUGGAGGCCGUCAAUCUGAUAUCCUCCCCCAAGUAUUCUGAGAAGCAGAUCGGAUACCUUGCCGUAACCCUGUUUCUGCACGAGCAGCACGAGCUGCUGCAUCUGGUCGUGAACAGUAUCCGCAAAGAUCUGCUGGAUCACAAUGAGUUGAAUAACUGUUUGGCGCUGCAUGCGGUGGCCAAUGUGGGUGGCAGAGAGAUGGGCGAGGCGCUCUCGGAUGACGUUCAUCGCCUGCUGAUUUCCCCCACUUCGAAAGCCUUCGUGAAGAAAAAAGCGGCUCUUACUCUCCUCCGGUUGUAUCGCAAAUACCCUGGCAUUGUGCAGAAUGAGUGGGCCGAGCGCAUCAUUUCGAUAAUGGAUGACCCAGAUAUGGGCGUGACCUUGUCCGUGACCUCUCUGGUCAUGGCGUUGGUCCAAGACAAACCGGAGGAAUACCGUGGAAGCUACGUCAAAGCUGCACAGCGGCUGAAGAGAAUUGUGGUGGAUAAUGAUAUAGCACCGGAUUAUCUCUACUAUCGCGUACCAUGCCCUUGGAUUCAGGUCAAGUUGCUGCGUUUGCUGCAGUACUACCCUCCCUCUGAGGACAGCCAUGUCCGUGAGAUCAUCCGUGACUCCUUACAACAAAUUAUGCAUGUGGCAAUGGAUACGCCGAAGAAUGUCCAGCAGAACAAUGCGCAAAACGCUGUUCUUUUCGAGGCUAUCAAUCUUUUGAUCCACCUUGACACCGAGCACAGCCUGAUGCUGCAAAUUUCCAGUCGUCUAGGCAAGUAUAUCCAGUCGCGUGAGACCAACGUUCGGUACUUGGGACUCGAAGCCAUGACGCAUUUCGCGGCUAGGGCCGAGACUUUAGACCCCAUCAAGAAGCACCAGAACAUCAUUCUUGGGUCCCUCCGGGAUCGCGAUAUCAGUGUUCGACGUAAAGGAUUGGAUCUCAUCUACAGCAUGUGCGACACCACUAACGCUGGUCCUAUCGUGAACGAAUUGCUGCGCUACCUUCAAACUGCCGACUAUGCUAUUCGAGAAGAGAUGGUGUUGAAGGUCGCAAUUCUCACUGAGAAGUACGCCACCGAUGCUCAGUGGUAUAUUGAUAUGACCCUGAAACUUCUCUCUCUAGCGGGUGACCACGUCAACGAUGAGGUGUGGCAGCGCGUGAUUCAAAUCGUGACAAACAACGAGGAGCUGCAGGCUUACGCAGCCCAUACCUUGCUUAAUUACUUAAAGACCGAUUGCCACGAGAGUCUCGUGAAGAUCGGAUGCUACGUUCUAGGGGAAUUCGGCCAUUUGAUUGCCGACAAUCAAGGUUCGAGCCCCAUCGAGCAGUUCCUGGCAUUGCAAGCCAAGAUGAUAACCAGUACCGACAACACUCGCGCGAUGAUAUUGUCGUCCUUUGUGAAAUUUGUCAAUCUCUUCCCUGAAAUCAAGCCGCAACUCUUGCACAUCUUCAAGCUCUACAGCCAUUCACCGGACUCCGAGUUGCAGCAGCGCGCCUUUGAAUACCUGUCAUUGGCGACACUUCCCUCCGAUGAUCUUCUCCGAACGGUCUGCGAUGAAAUGCCUCCAUUUUCGGAGAGAGCCUCGAUUCUCUUGUCUCGACUCCACCAGAGAACAGCGGGCACAACCGAUAAGAAAACCUGGGUUGUGGGCGGCAAGGACGCCAAUACGGACAAGAAAGAGAUGCUCAUGGCGCAAAACACGGGGCUUAAGCGCACGUUCACCACUAUUGUCAAUGGCACGAAGACCGGAACGAACGGAACGGCGCCGGCGCCGGCAACAUCUCCCUCGAGUGCGUCGGGCGACCUCGCAGGAUUGGACCUCAGCGCCCCAUCAGCACCCCCUCCAAACCUGGCGAGUGCGGCCCAUCUGACGCCAGACUGGGAUCUUGGGUACAAUCGACUGUACUUCGCUGAUGAAGGUGUGCUCUUUGAGGAUGCCCAGAUCCAAGUCGGGCUGCGGUCUGAGUAUCGGGCUCAUAUGGGUGUAGUAAAGAUCUACAUCACCAACAAAGCAUCUUUCCCAAUUGGAUCGUUGACCACCACGGUGGACAACCGCUCGGCGCCAAAUCUCAAGGCCGACACCAAGAGUCUUCCCGAUCCCUCCGUUCCGGCGGCAGGCCAAACCCAACAGACGCUCUUCUUUGGGGCCAACGGGCCCUUCACGGAAGCACCUACCAUUCGGAUUUCAUAUCUUGCAGGUGCACUGCAAGCCUACACCCUACAGCUCCCCAUAUUAAUGCACCGGUACAUGGAGCCGUCCGCCUUGUCUGCCGAAGAAUUUUUCAAACGCUGGCGGCAAAUCGGGGGCGGUCCUCUGGAGUCCCAGAGUACGUUUGGCGCCAUGGCAAAGGCUAAGGGAAUCGGUGAAUCAUUCACACGAAAAUCGGUCGAAGGAUUUGGAUGGAGGGUGUUGGAUGGGGUCGAUCCCAAUCCCAAGAACAUCGUGGGGUGUGCGGUCUAUCAGUUUUCGACCGGUAAGACGGGCUGUCUCCUGCGGUUGGAGCCCAAUUAUGACAAGAAGGUAAGGCUCCUCCCCUUCGACUAAAGGUGUGCGCGCGAGGGCAACAUAAUAGGUGGCUAACGUUAUUUGCCCUGACAGAUGUACCGGAUCACCAUCCGAGCAACGCAGGAAGCGGUCCCGCAGGCCCUGGCAAAGCAGAUGGAACAGAGAUUAUCGCAGGGAACUCUAGCCAAUGAUUUGUAAAUUCCAUGACGAGUGAAUCUUUUGUAAAUUUGGCAGGAGGCGAGCGAGGUUCCCUUCUUUUUUUUCCCUCUUCACUUAUUUUCUUUCCUCACACAUUUCAUAAUGUAUUUUCUUCGAUUCUCUGACCUAAAAUCUCCCGGGACGUGAGAUGAUUAGGUAGAUUCAUUGAUAUCAAUUACUCUAUAUAUGAAUACUUUUGAACAGUGACACCGUCUUUUUCCACAAACAUCAGUGCAUAUUCCCGUUUAUCCCCUCGCCCUAUUCUUGGCCGUCGUGACAAUGCAAGAUCGUAAAUCAUCAAACUCUUCAUUCGGUUUAAAUAACCCUCGCCUGAUCCUUGGGUGGCCGUUCGCCGAAGAUGGUCGUUCCCACGCGAACCUCGUCACUUCCCAAAGCAAUAGCACCUUCGAAAUCCUCACUCAUGCCCAUGCUCAGCUCCAACUCGGCAUCGGAGCCGUGCAGGCCUAGUUGAGUGACAACGCGAUCGCGGGUAUCGCGUAGACAGACAAAGUCCUCAUUCUCGGUCUCCGGAGUCGUGGCCUUGGAUCGCGCAAUCGCCCCGAUGGUCAUGAGCCCUUGCAGCUUCAGGCGGGGGCAUUGUUCCCGGAUAAAGCGACACAGCGACACGGUGCCCUCGGCGGGGUCAACCCCGGACUUGUUAUCCUCACCGGACGUGUUCACCUGCACAAACACCCGGAGUCGCUCGUCGGAAUCGGUGGCGCGCAGAUCGGCCGACCGCUCGCCCCAGCCUUUAUUCAGCAGCGAGGCCUUCUUCUCGGAAUCCACGCUCUCGACGGCCCAGAGCCCGCGCACGUCGCGCGCCAGCGCGGCGCACUUGUUCGACUGCAGCCCGCCGAUGAAAUGCCAGCGGAUGGUGGGGGGCAGGAGCUUGGAUUUCUCCAGGAGCUCCUGCAUGUAGUUCUCGCCGAAGUGGAGGUGCGACGCGGGGGGUUGAUGCAGAGCGAGCAGGUCGGCGGCGGGCUUGAGUUUCGAGACGGCCACGAGGCGGAUCGGCUUGGCUUCGACGCCGUUGGCGACCCUCUUACUCGCAGCGGCAGUCACGCGCGAGCUGACGGCGCCCAGGUUGGAGAGAAGAGUGGCGGUUCGGGCGGGGGAGGCGGGCAUGACGGUAGUAGUUGGGGAGGAAUCGGUCUGGGAAGUCAUGGCCAAGAGAGAGGGAGGGUGGAGAGAGUGACAGACAGACAGAGUUGAAACAAAGGAAAGAGAAUAGCGUAGUGAGUAAACCGAGUAAAGCUUGUCGGU